AGAUGGUUGGUAAACAAUUGUUCAUCAGUUAACUCAUUUGAAAAACAGAACUUCAUUUCACUUUAGGGAGGAAGAUGUCACGGGCCGAAUGCUUUGCAAUUCGAUCCAAAAGUUUACGGCCCGGCCCAAAACCUUAUGAGUACAGUCCUUGAAGCCCGAUCCUAUGUUAUGCUUGAAGGACUUGGGCUUGAGAAGGUUGUUUGGACUUCAAUAUGGGCUACACAACUCUUAAAUUCUGUAGUCUACUAAUCAAGAUAAAGGAGGACAAAAAUAAGCCCAUCCUUGAUCCGUAGUUCCCAGGCCAUGGUGAAGAAACCUAGUGACAGUGUCACAUUAUAUAAUAGUCACUGGCCUAACUGUCUAAUCUUGAGUCUUGGACACAGUUGCUUGAUGGUGACAAAUUCACCUCGCACCAAUGUAAGGUCUAUAAAGGACUUUUAUUUUUAUUUUUAGCUUUCUCACUUUGAAUUGUAGAAAAUAAAAAUGCCAAUUCAAAUUCAAUUCACCCACGAUUUACUUUGGGAGAUCAGUUAGUUUUUUUUUUUUUUUUUUUUUCAAGCAAAUUAACCUUUAAUUAAUCUCAUCCGGUUUUUACACCAAAUGUAGUAAUCUAAUGAUAUUUUUUUAUCUUCUAAAAUAAAUGGUUCAGAAAGUUCCAAAGUAAAAGGAGAUUUUUUUUUAUAAUUAUUGAUCGUAUCAUUGUAAAAUACCUUUAAACAAUACUAUUGAAGCGACUUAAAACUUACAAUUUUUGCUUUGAAAGAAAAAAUAAUUCAUGUUCACAUGGUCAAUGCUUUUCAAGCAAGAGAAGUAGAGGCAAGUGACAAGUUUUGCUUGAUGGUGAAGUAGUGAUCUCCGAGCAUUUACGUUUCUAUCUUACAAAGUAGUAGAUGAGAGUUCAAAUCCUUGUAAAAAAUCUCUGCAUAACUUUUCUCAAUUAAUCAGAGAAAAAUGAAAAAAAAAAAAAGCUUAAAAAACAUAAAAGUAAAUUUAUUUGAAAUGAUUUGGUAGGCACAUGACACCUUCCUAAAGAUUAUAUUUGAGUUAAAAAAAUGUUUAAUGUAAAUAGCAGGUUUAAAUUUCUUGAAAAUCAUUUUUGUUUUCAUGAUUUUUGAAAAUUACUUUGAGAUAAUUAAAUAAAAAAAUCCUAAGUUCAUUUUCCUUUCUCCUUUUUCUUUUUCAUGUCCUACCAAAUGGUAGAGGAGAAAAAUCUAAAAUUUCUACACAUAUAUUUCCUUUCCUCCCCAUUCCUCUAUUUGCUUUAUAUUUUUUGUUCCUUUUUGGUUUUUUUUGGCCUUUUUGAGUAAGUUUUUCUUUUCUCCGAUUGUCCUUACUCCUUCCCUCCUCUCUCUCUAUCUCUCCUCUUCCAUUUCCUUCGUUCUAAAACAUAUAUAUCAUCGCUUCGCUAACCAGACAUAUGAUUCAAAUUUUAAAGAUUUCUGUUCCAAGACAAAAUAAACGAUUAUCACCCAAAGAUUCAAUUUUCAGAAGAAUAGUUUGUUCCAUCUGACAAAUGACAAUCUAGAAAAAUGACCAUCAAUUCCAUAACCAAACAACUACCUCCUCCUCUGCGUUCAAGUCCAUUUCAAUGGCAUUCUCUAACCUUUUGCGCUUAUUGGGCAACACGCGGUCAGUUCUCAGAGGCAGAAUAGUCCACGCCAAGAUAAUCACAUCUGGGUUUCACCCAGAUGUUUAUGUAAACAACCAUUUGUUAUCAAUGUACUUGAAGUUUGAUUGUAUCGAGGAUGCUCGUAAAAUGUUCGAUAAAAUGCCUGAACGAAAUCUUAUUUCGUGGACAACCUUGAUCUCUUGGUAUUCACAAAUGGGUCUUGCAGAAGAAUCUUUGAAUUGUUUUAGACUGAUGCUUGGUGAUGGUUUUUAUCCGAACCAUUACACUUGUGUUAGUGCUAUAUCUGCUUGUGCUAGCAUAGGGGCUAUAAGAACUGGAAAAGAAAUUCAUGGAAUGAUUUAUAGGUUGGAGCAAGAGAUGAAUAGUUUUGUUAGUAAUUGCUUGGUCAAUUUUUAUGGGAAGUGUGGGUCGUUGAAAUCAGCUCGGUUAGUGUUUGAUGCAAAUUUGGAGCCAAAUUCAGUCUCUUGGACUUCACUUCUUUCGUGCUAUUGCCAGUGGGGAGAAAAUGUGGAGGGGCUAAACAUUUUCUUGCGGUCUCACAAGGCGGGAGUGAAGCUUAAUGAAUUUUGUUGUGUGAGUGUGCUGGGGGCUUGUGCUGCAUUGGUCAAAUUAGAAGUUGGAAUGCAGGUGCAUUCGCAUGCUGUCAAGUGUGGUUUUAGAAUGGAUCAGUUUGUUGUGACUGGGUUGAUAAAUUUUUAUGCAAAGUGCAGUGAAUUAGACCUAGCCCGUCAAGCAUUUUGGGAGGUAGACAAGCCACACAUGACAGCAUGGACUGCACUAAUAGGAGGAUAUACUCAACAAGGGAAGGGUAGAGAGGCCAUUGAUCUUUUCUGUAUGUUUCGCUCUUCCGGUCUCAUACCAAGUGAGAGAACACUUUCAUCUGUGCUUGGAGCCUUUUCACAUGCAAUGGAAAUCAAUGUUGGGAAACAAAUUCAUUCUUUAAUCGUAAAAUUUGGAUUCGGUUCAUUUACAUUUGUCAGCAAUGCACUUCUGGACUUUUACUCAAAAUGUGGGCUUCUCGUGGAAUCUUUGAAGGCUUUUGAAGAAAUGGAUGCACAUGAUAUUGUCUCUUGGAACACACUGAUCUCUGGAUGUGUGAAUUCAGGUAGUUUUAAAGAGGCCAUUGAAUUUCUUCAUCGAAUGUUGUUUGAAGGGUUUGAUCCUAAUCUUUACACAUAUUCUAGCAUUUUGAGCUUCUGCGGGGAUCUCCCGGCUGUCGAAUGGGGCAAGCAAACCCAUUGCUGCAUUAUGAAACCUGGGUUUGAUUCCAAUGUGGUUGUUGGAAGUGCCCUCAUUGACAUGUACGCUAAGUGUGGACGGCUGAGUGAUGCUCGGAAAGUUUUUGAUAAUCUUCCUUCAAAGAACUUGGUUUCUUGGAACACUAUGCUUGUGGGAUACGCACAGCAUGGGUUCGGGAAAGACGCUUUACGUAUCUAUGAUAUGAUGCAAAAAAAUGGGGUUAAACCUAAUGAUAUCACAUUUAUUGGAGUAUUAUCUGCCUGUGGGCAUGUGGGACUCUUAGAGGAGGGAUUGCAUCACUGGAAUUCCAUGACCAACGACUAUGGAAUUGCCCCAAGGACGGAUCACUUAGCUUGUGUUGUCAGUCUAUUGGCCCGUAAAGGACAAACAAAAGGAGCUUUGGAUUUCAUAAGGAGUUUUCCCAUGGAGCCCGAUAAGGUGGUUUGGCGUUGUCUUUUGUCAAGCUGCAAAUCUCACAAAGACAUGGCUUUGGGGAAAUAUGCUGCUGAGAAAAUUUUGAGCAUCGAUCCAGAUGAUACCUCAGCCCAUGUCAUGCUAUCAAAUAUUUAUGCAAAGGCAAAGAUGUGGAAUGAAACAGCUCAAAUCAGGAAGCUAAUGAAGGAAAAGUCAUUGGAAAAGGACCCCGGAUAUAGCUGGACUGAGUUGAAGAACAAGAUAUAUUCUUUUUCUGCAGGUCAUAAUGCACAUUUUCAGGGAUAUAGUGUACAUGAAGUUUUGGGUGGAUUGACAGCCCAGUUGUUUGAUGCGGGAUAUGUACCUGAUACCAAUUUGUCAUUGAAUUAUGCGGAAUAAGUGAACUGGAAUAAUGGACUAAGUAUUUGGCGAUAAAACCUUCGACUUUUGGCUGGAUUGUCCGCCAAUCCAUCCACAUAUGAGGAGGAAAGGACUCUACCUUGGGAGAAAGCAUUAACAAGUUAGAAGUGAUGCUGAUUUGUAUGAAGGUAGUCACUAAAUCCAAGGCUACAUCAUGUUAUGAAGAGUUGUAAAUUUAGUGAGACCACCAAAUGAUUGAGAAGCUGGUGAUCUGAAGGAUUCAUUAAAAUGUUAGUCUGCCGAGAUAUCCAAUUCUUGGACCAGCUCUUGUUAACUAUUUUAAAGACAGUUGCUGGCAUAAUUGAUAUGAACUUGCUUCCUUCUUAGACUUGACUCUGUACAAUCUCCCUCAAGAACUCUCAUCCUCGGGCUCUGGAGAAGUAUAAGGUCCUUUCACAACUUCUUCUUCUUUCAGUAUGAGUGAACUUAUCUCGUUCAAGGGAUUAGUUUGCCCUAUUUGACCUGGACUUGAAUCUUGGAUUGUCCAAUCACUCCUCUCUGGAGCUGAUUUGCUGAUAUCUUAGCUCCGAUUGUCUUCAGCAUGGGAAAUCACCAGGAAUAUGAAGAACUAGGAUUAAAUUCUCAAUUGAAGAAUGUCACUAGACAAAUGUCGAAUGCAUUGGAUAUAGGUUGUGGUUAUCGCAAAAACAAAAGUGAGCUGCGGCAAGGGAAGUUCAGUAAGAUCAUUUGCAGCCCCAAUCAUAUUGAGAUCAAGAAUAGUUUCUCUUACGGCUGAAUGUGAUUUAACUGCAUUUUUCUGAUGGGAAAAAUGGCUGCCUGAGUGUCGGAGUUGUGAAACAGCAUGGCAUAUGAGUUGCAUGCCUGAACUUCUUGAAGAUUAACCCUAUUGUCCUUGAGGAAAGCUAAGAAGCUAACAAGUUCUCAUCAGCUGGAUUGUAUUGUAUUGUCCACUAUAUGUCGACUGAAAAUGGAACGCAUUUAAAGAUCUGGUGCUAGGUAUACAUUUGAAGCGUCCUUGACUAACACUUUCGGAGCUGAUGUGCAAAGUACAUUAGAAACUAUAUUCUUCACUUGAAUAAAUAAAUUAUUUUCUUUUUGGUUUUGUGGUGAACUAUUUUUCAGACGCACAAAUUUUAAUGGACAUACUACCCACCUUCACAUUGAGAAAGUGUCUUCUUCUUUUCUUUUUUUUUUGGUAAUGAUUUUCUAUCAGAAAAACUUCUGUAAAUCCCAGUAGAAAAGUGUAGAACAGUCAUGUAUGGAUUUAUUUAUACAUUUUAUAUCACACAUAAAGAUGCUUUUCUCUCUCU